GUUUGAAGAACAGAGCAGAGGCGAUGGCGAAAGGAGACAAGAAGAAAAAAGCGAAGCCGUCGACACCUGAAGCGUCCCUCACCAAACUGGCGAAUUGUUCCGCAACUAGUGUCGUGUCAGAGCCACCCCUGGCAGAGGCGACUCCCGAAGAUGACGACUUGAUUGAGACGGCGAACUGCAGCGCAGCCUCCUUCACAUCGCAGCCGCCGCUCACCGAAAACCCGGAGCCGAGCGUUGUAGAGUUCUAUGAAGUUCCCGUUCUGUCCAACAUCAUUGUCAAAAGCUAUGAGGGAGAAACGCAUCGCGACAUGUUUCACGGGGAAGGUGUCGCAUAUUUUCAGGGAGGUCACGUAUACAAGGGAACGUUUUCAGAAGGAUUCAUGCAUGGACAUGGCAUCUACUCAUGGGCAGACGGGGUGAAAUAUGAGGGAGACUUUGUUCUGAACGUGCCACUGGGACACGGGGUAUACACGUGGCUCGAUGGGAGCAGCUAUGAAGGCCAGGUGUGCAAUGGAAUUCGCCAUGGCGUGGGAACAUACAGAUGUGGCAAAACAUCCGUUUCAUACAGGGGAGAAUGGCAUCACGGGAAAAGACACGGAAAGGGCACAAUAUACUAUAACCAGGAACUGACAUCAUGGUAUGAAGGAGACUGGGUGGACAAUAUCAGAGAAGGAUGGGGAGUGAGAUGUUACCCAUCAGGAAAUAUAUAUGAAGGCCAGUGGAAGAAGAAUGCAAGGCAUGGAGAAGGCAAGAUGAAGUGGCUGGACCUGGGUCAGCAAUAUAGUGGGCAAUGGGAACAUGGGCUCCAGCAUGGGCAGGGGACACACACCUGGUUCCUCAAGCGAGUCGCGGGCUCCCAGUACCCCCUGCGGAACGAGUACGUUGGGGACUUUGUGCAAGGUUUGCGCCACGGACAAGGCAAGUUCUACUAUGCUAGCGGUGCACUGUAUGAAGGCGAGUGGAAGGACAACAAGAAACAUGGACAGGGGAAGUUUACCUUCAAGAACGGACGCAUAUUUGAGGGGGAGUUUGUGGAUGACCACAUGGCCGAAUUCCCAGCAUUCUCAAUGGAUGGUACGAGGACCCCUGACCUCAGUGGGAUAAGAACUCACACUCCCCCCUGCGGAAAAGUAGCUGCCAGUUUGGGUAGCAGUUCCUCAUUGCUGGGACCAGACAUGGCUUUAGAAAUUGAGUCCCUGCUGGAGAGCCUCCCUGGUGUGAACAAAGACAUGGAGCUCAGACAGGUGGAGUUUGCUGUGCUGAGACACAUCGCAGAGCUGAGGACGAUUUACAGCUUCUACAGCAGCCUGGGUCAUGAGCAGUCCCCGGACAACACCUUCCUCCUCACACGCAUGAAGUUCUGGCGCCUGCUCAGGGACUGCAACGUCCAUCGACACAGACUCACUCUAGCCCAGAUGGACAGGCUUAUCGGUGAAGACGUCCCCCCAGAAGAAGUCCACUCUCCAUUUGGCACAAUGCUACUCAGGAAGUUUGUUAGCUAUGUUAUCGUGCUGGCCUAUCACAUCUACCACAAAGAAAUAGAAUCGACUAAUAAUGUGCUUGUGGCAUGCUUCACCAAGCUGAUGAGAGAGAACAUCAUUCCAAAUGCAAGGAAUGUAAAAGGUUUUUUCUUCUCCAACCCCGACCAUACUGUGAUUGCUGUAAACUACACUGACAAAUGCUGGGAGAUAUACCAGACCCUCUGCGUGCAGAGUUCUAGUACCCCGAAUGACCAAAUCAUGGACAUGAGGCACUUCAUAUGGAUGUUAAAGGAUCUUGGUCUCUAUGACAAUGAACUGACAACAGGGAAAGUCUUGGAGAUCCUUUCUGCUGAGAAUCCUGCAGUGUAUAGUGGCUCCCACAGUAACCUGAAUCUAGAGAUGACAUUUCUGGAGUUCUUCGAGGCCCUGCUGGGCUGUGCUGAGGUGAAGGGUUCCCACUUGGCAGCAACCCUUUCUGAGAGCACACCAGUGAUGAACCGCCUGGCAGAAAGCGUGGAGGCGUCACCAGGCCAGGAUCUUGGGGACAGCCCCAUCUUGCUUACACAGCAGCCCUCUCUUCUGAUGGGAAAGUCAAAGGAGAUGCUGCAGACAUCAACGUCUGACGAGAAGGGUCUAACACUAAAUGCUAAAUCUGCAGUCGCAGAUGUAACGGCUGGCUGUGCCCCCCAGUUAGUGGAUUCCCCCUCAGCAGAGAUGGAAGGCCAUGAUGGAGGGACCCAGGGGGACACUAUGGUGCGCUCUGUACCAGCUGUGGAUGGGCCGGCACCCAGCCCUCUGCACUCCCCCAGCACAGACCCUGCGGAAGGCCCUGAGAGCGAGCUGGACCUCUGGAUCCGCGCCACUCACCUGUUCUUCAGCAGGGCUUUCUUCCCAGCGUACGAGCACAGCCUGCUGCUGCGGAAGGAGGUGCAGGAGGAGAGGCUGCGGAGAGCCGCCCAGGACAGGAUCGCCCUCGCUAAGGCCAGGAGGGCCGCCAGACUGAGAGAGCUGGCAGAGGCAGAAGAAGAGGAGCGACGGAGGGAAGAAGAGGAGGAGGAAGAGGCAGAAAGAGCUGAUGGCCUGGAUGAGAACCCCCAUCCCCAGUCACCGGCUCUCCUAACCCCUGUGGCCUCUGCCACCUGUGUCAAUCCUAAACAAUCCUCUGCCAGUGGACCAAAGAAGAGGAGGUAA